AAGUAAUGCUCACCUUUUAUAACAGAUAAUCCAUAAAGAAGCAUCGCUGUCCAUAUUAUAAAACCCCGUUCCGUCUUCAUGGUAAAUAAAGCGACUCAAUGCGAGCGCGCACGGAGCACAGAAAGAAGAUAAAUCGGAUCUUAUGAGGAUUGACUAUGGAGUCAGUUGGUGCAGAGGAGUUUACUGUAGAAGCAGUCGAAAGGGCUCUUCAGCAGCUCUAUUAUAAUCCUGAUAUGAGCCAGAAGAAUGUAGCUCAGAAGUGGCUAACACAGGCCCAGGCAUCAUCACAGGCAUGGCACUUCUGCUGGGCUUUACUCCAACCAGACAAGGUUCCUGAGAUACAGUUUUUUGGAGCCAGCACAUUGCAUGUUAAGAUCUCCCGACAUUGGUCUGACCUACCCUCUGGUCAGCUGGACACCCUCCGCUCUCAACUCAUCGCACAGGUCAUCCAGUUUGCCUCGGGACCCAAGAUGGUGCUCACCAGACUCUGUGUUGCUUUGGCCUCCUUGGUCUUUCAUAUUUUACCAGAAACUUGGCCAACUGCAGUCCGAGAUCUUCUACGUGCUUUCCAAACAGGGGAGGGCGUGACAGAGGCUGACGAUCAAACCCGUUGCCUCGCUCUCCUAGAGAUCCUUGCUGUUCUGCCCGAGGAGCUUCUAAGCAGCCGGAUCCCAGGCUCUCGCCGUUCCCAGGUGAGAAGCGCCCUGGCUGUGGAGUGGUGCUCGGUCUGCCCCCUACUUCAGCAGCUACUGCAGAGGGCAGACGCACCUGCUCAGGUUAGAGAGCGGGUGCUGAGGUGUGUGUCUUCGUGGCUCACGCUGGAUAUCGCUUUAAAAGACAGCGAAGGGGUGUUGCAGUGUUGCUUUACCCUGCUGAAGGACUCCGAGCUGUUUGAUACGGCUAUGGAGACCAUUGUCAGCAUCAUCUCACAGCCUGAUUGCCAGAGGUUUGCAGACAGUCUGUUGAAGAUUGUGCCGCAGGUGCUCGGUCUUCAGGAUCAGCUGAAGAAAGCUGUGCAGGAUGAAGACAUGGAGACCUCACAUGGAAUCUGUCGCAUUGCUGUCGCUUUGGGAGAAACUCACUGCAGGACUCUUCUGGAGCAGGUGGAUCACUGGCAGUGCUUUCAGGCUCUGGUGAACAUGAUUCUCUCCUGUACUGGGAUACCAGGACGCUACCCUGUGGAUGAGACGUCCAGCUCUCUCACGCUCACAUUCUGGUACACCCUGCAGGAUGAUAUUACGUCAUUAGAUGCUGAAAGGCAGACGCUCUAUCUGCAGAUCUACAGACCUGUGUACUUCCAGCUGGUGGAUGUUCUUCUCCAGAAAGCUUGUUUUCCUACAGAUGAGGACUACGUGACAUGGUCUGCAGAUGACAAGGAGCAGUUCAGAACCUACAGGGUGGACGUCUCAGAUACUCUGAUGUGUGUAUAUGAGCUUCUGGGCCCUGAGCUUCUCAGAAACCUGUAUGAUAAGCUAGGUGCUCUUUUGACGGAUACAGCACAUCCCUCCUCAUGGCAGGAUAUAGAGGCUCUGUUGUUUGGCUUUCAAUCCAUUGCUGAGACAGUAGAUGUCAGUUACUCAGACGUCAUUCCAGGACUGAUCGGACUGAUUCCGCUGAUCACAGCCAACAGUAUUCAGCUGGCGGAGACCAUCAUGUUCACCAUAGGUUCUUUAGCAGAAUGGUUGUCUGAUCAUUCGCUCAUGUUGCCGAGUGUUCUGCCUGUGGUUUUACACGCUCUCCCCAAUCCUGAGCUGUCGGUGGCUUGUGUCUCAGCUCUGAAGAGAAUCUGCAGAGAAUGUCGACAUGACCUCUACCCUCACGCUGAUGACAUCAUGAGUGUCUCACUGGCAGUCCUUGUCAAAGACAUCCAUAAAAGCACACAGUGUAUGUGGCUGAUGCAGGCGUUGGGUUUUCUGCUGUCAUCCCUGCCGAGUGAAGACAUUCCAGGGAAGCUGCUUUCUCUGGUCACCCCACACAUCCAACAGCUUGAGAAACUGGCCAAUGAGACGCCCAGCUCUACUAAUAAACUUCCUAUUGUCCAUAUCCUUGGCCUGCUGUCCAGUCUCUUCUCCACAUUCGAUUUAAAUAAGCAAAGUGAAAGACUGGAUGUCAUGAGAACGAGCCAGAUACAGCCACGUAACCCGGUGGUGGUUGUCCUGCAGCAAACUUUUCCUUUGAUCCAAACCAUUGUCAACAAGUGGCUAAAUGAACCAGAGGUUGUGAAGGCAGUGUGUGCAGUUUUCGAAAAAUCGCUGAAGACCCUCAUGCAUGAGUUUUCGCCCCUGGUGACACAGCUCUGUGAGCUUAUUGGUCAGAUAUACAAUGCCAACCCACAAUCCUCUGUUUUAGACGUCACACAACAGUUAGUUCACGUAUUUAGCUGCGAGAAAUCUCUCUUUUCUCCAAUCACUCCUCUGCUGGAGCUUAUCACCAAUAUUACCAUGUCGAUUUUUCAGAUCGGCUCUAGAGAUCAUCCAGAUGUGGUGGAGUCAUUUAUGCAGCUUCACGCUCAGGUUUUGCGAAGAAAGCCUGACGUUUAUCUUACAGAAAGACUUGAUAUUAAAGCCGUUUUCUACUGUGGAAUCUUGUCAUUCAAAUUCCCUGAGACUCCAACACUGAAGGCAACCUGUCUGCUAUUUUCGGAGUUGGUCUCUCAUUGUGAGGAUAUUCCUGCUGUGAGAGAGGUGCUGCAAGAGGAUGGGAAGCUGCUGCUUCAGACCUUACUGGAGGGUAUUGGAAGUCGGUCUCCACAGAGUCUAACCGAGGACUUUGCCGAGGUCUUAUUCUCAUUGAGCUGUAACUGUCCCAGCAUUCUCUCUCUGUGGCUUAGAGAAGUUCUUCUGCCUCCUGGCUUUCCAAGCUCACAUCUCACCGCCGAGCACAAGGAGCAAUUCUGCCAGCAGAUCCUCAGGGAACAAGUGAACAAGCGACGGUUGAAGGACAUUGUGAAGGAGUUUGCUCUGUUAAGUGGGGGUCUACGGGGCACUGAGUAUGCAGCGAGUUAUUGAACCUAAAAGUUGGCUUUCAGUUCUACUGGGGUUUAAAAGAUACAAGCAUUACCUUUUAAAUCAAAUUGUACUAUUGUGAAGAAUUCAGCCAUACUGACAUUGUGAAUGAUUGAAAUAUGGGUUGGACUUGAUUGGAAAAGUAAAUGAUUGGAAUAUAUGUUCAUCAGCCAGUGAAUGUAAAUGGUAAGCCAGUGCCUUACCAGGCACAAAGUUACUCUUGAUCCCAAAAUGGUUUGAACAAAACCUUCUGAUCUGGAAUAAGAUGCUACUGGCAAUUUAUUUAUUCUUGAACAAAUCUCUUACGUAAAGGUCAAUGCUAAACUAUAUCAACAAUAAAUAUACAUUACCUAUAAAUAAAUGAAAAUUCUGUCAUUAUUUACUCACCCUCUUGUCAUUUCAAACCUUUAUGGCUUUCUUUCUUCCGCAGAACACAGAAGAAGAUAUUUUAAAUAAAGUUGGUAACUGAACAGCACUGGACCCCAUUCAUUUCUAUUCUAUGGACACAAAAAUAGGGUCCAGUUAACAACAUUUUUCAAAAUAUAUUCUUUUGUGUUCUGCGGAGGAAAGAAAGUCAUACAGGUUUGAAAUGACAAAUGGGUAAGUAAAUGAGGACAGAAUUUUUUAUUUUUUUAUCAAACUUAAACUUUAUUUAUCACUUUAAGGCCCGGUUUCACAGACAAGGCUUAAGGCUAGUCCAAGACUAAAAUGAAUGUGUGACCUGUCUUAACCCCAUAUAACUUGCCCAGAAAUAUCUUAAAUAUAUCAGUGCCAUUGUUUUGUCUUGAGAUGCACACCAGUAAUGUAUUCUUCUAAGGCAUUUUUAUAAAAGCGACAUGAAUAUCUUAAUUCAACUAAGGCAUAGUCCUGGUUUAAAAUAAGCCAUGUCUGUGAAACCGGGACUAAAUCUCAUGUUCUCACAUAUUAUCAAGAUACACACAUAAAACAUGACAAAAACUAUUGUUUAAGUGUAUUUAUUUCUCACAGAUUUCAUGAUCUGUUUAGACACACAUAUAAAAUAUUGAAAUUCUCAUAACAAGCCAUUUCUGUAUAACCUCAUGACUACUGACAUGAUAUGACAAUAUAGGUCAUAUAGGUUAAUUUCUCUAUUAAUACUUCUACUUAUACAAUAGCACAUCUGUUUGGACAUCCACAAUGUACAGUAAUAAGAAAUGACCAGACUGUAACGUAAACAAUGAGCCCUAAUUCAUUGGGCAUACAGCUUUAGUGAAAGACGGGGUUUAAAAGAAAAAUCAGCUCAGUAAAAAAGUGAGAGUGGAGG